CCCGUUGACUUUUGCAGACUUCCAAUGGAUGCCCCUUCCCCGGUCCGGUCGAUUGCCGAAACCGCAUUGCAACGUSCUCRAGGCACAAUUGCGGGAUUACUUGCACACUGCGGUACCAACUCCGUUGAUGGACGCCGGAGUAGAGGUUGUUGACCUUCACGCCUACAUUGCGAAGAUCGACCGCGAGUUCAAGACGCAACGGUACGACGACAUCGACGCACCAUGGCUAUAUGUACGCAUUCAGAUCAGAGAGGCGACCUCCAGCACUUUGAUCGAUUGCGGAGCAUCUCGCAACUACAUGAGCCAGGACUUUAUGGUACGCGCCAGCCUUGGCCCACGCGUCCGGAGGAAGUCCUGGCCGACGCAAGUCACGUUGGCGGACGGUCACACGCACAAGUCAAUAGACCGGUGCAUUGAUGACGUCCCCGUGUACUUUGCCCCGCACGCGAGCGAGGCGGUGUCCUUCGAUAUUUUGGACACCAAAUUCGACAUGAUCUUGGGCAUGUCAUGGCUGCGAAGCGAGGAUCACCCGGUGAACUUCUACCGCCGCACCGUUCACGUUCGUGAUUGGAACGGAGUACUAGUCCCAUGCACGGUAGCUCCUCCUCACCCUUCAAUCAGCUGUCACGCGGUGUCCGCCGCAAGCAUGCGAGCUUCCGUCAUCAUAGACGACAUCGAGGAGAUGGGGGUGUGUUUUCUCCACCUCCCGCCCCAUCAUGCUUCACCGAUGGACCCAUCUUUGGAUUCACGCAUCACCGAGCUUCUCGAUGCCUACGGCGACGUGUUCGAAGGCCCGCACGGAGUAAUACCGGAUCGGCUCAUCCGCCACGAGAUCAUCCUCGAGGACGGGGCCGUACCUCCACGUGGUUGCAUCUACCGAAUGAGCGAGGAAGAGUUAAGUGUGCUUCGGGCACAACUCGACGACCUUCUGGAGAAAGGCUGGAUUCGGCCUAGCUCAUCGCCAUACGGUGCGCCUGUUCUCUUCGUCCGGAAGAAGAACAAGGAUUUGCGGUUGUGCAUCGAUUAUGGCAAGCUCAACGCGCAGACGAUCAGAAACGUCGGCCCUCUCCCACGCAUCGACGACCUUCUCGAACGAAUGGGCGGCGCCAAGUUCUUCUCCAAGCUGGACCUCAAGUCGGGAUAUCACCAACUCAAGAUUCGGAAGGAGGACCGCUACAAGACCGCGUUUAAGACGCGAUAUGGGCAUUUCGAAUGGCUGGUUAUGCCAUUUGGCCUUACGAAUGCCCCGACCACUUUCCAAGCGGCUAUGACAACGGAGUUUCAACACAUGCUGGAUCGAUUCGUACUUAUCUACCUCGACGGCAUCCUGGUGUACAGCCGGAGUUUGGAGGAGCAUGUGGAACACCUGCGCACUGUUUUGGAGCGGCUACGACAAGCCAAGUACAAAGCCAACCGCGACAAAUACAAAUUCGCGCGGCAGGAGCUGGAGUACUUGGGACAUUAUGUGAUGCCGCAAGGCAUCCGUCCGCUUGCGGACAAGAUCGAGGCCCUCCGCGUAUGGCUAGAGCCCACCAACACCACGGACGUUCGUUCAUUCAUGGGGUUGGCGGGCUACUAUCAGCGAUUCAUCAUCGGAUACUCAAGGAUUGCUGCACCUAUGACGAGAUUACAAUCGCCAAAGGUGCCAUUCGUAUUCGAUGACGACGCAGACCGGUCAUUCCAAGCACUCAAGACGGCCAUGCUCAUGGCACCCGUCCUUAGCAUCUAUGACCCCACCCUGCCAACAAGAGUGACUACGGACGCUUCCGGCUAUGGCAUUGGGGCAGUCUUGGAAUAGCACGACGGCGACGACUGGCACCCUGCGGAGUAUUUCAGCCACAAAGUGCCUCCCAUCAACUCGCUUGAUGAUGCAAGGAAGAAGGAGCUGCUCGCGUUCGUGAUGGCUCUCAGGCGAUGGGGACACUUCCUCCUCGUGCGUCGUAGGUUCACAUGGGUUACGGACAACAACCCACUGAUAUACUACAAGACGCAGGAUACGGUGAGCAGCAUGAUCGGACGAUGGAUGUACUUCAUCGACCAAUUUGACUU